AUAAAUAUUCCUUUUCUCCGACAUGAUAAUAAUUUUAAAAUUAUUGUUAAGUAGCGGAAUAAUUUUUACCGCUGCGACGGUUCUCAUUCCUAAUGAAUUUCGAUGCUAUAAACCAUCAAAAUAUGAAACCAAUACAUUACGAUAUCAAGCUUACAUCACAAAUUGAAAGUAAUAUUUUCUAUGGAGAAUACAAUAUCAGCAUAAACAUUCUUAACAAAAUGCAACACAUAUAUUUACAGUCAGAAAAUUUAUGUAUUAACAACAUAGUUUUAUUUACAAAUAUUGGAAAAAAUCAUGAGAAUGAUAAAGAUACAGUAUAUAAACCGUCAUAUAAUAGUAGUGGGGAGACACAAUUAAUAUUGUCUUUGGAGAUGAAUUAUCACCAGGAAAUUAUAUUUUAAAUAUAAAAUAUUUUGGUACAGUUGAUGAAAGCUUCAGAAGUUUGAACGUGCCAAACAAAUCAAUUUGGAUAGCUGCUCUGCAUUUCCAGAUAAUAGACUUCCCACAAAUAAUUGAUUGUUGGGAUACCCAACAUCUAUUAGAAACAACCUUUAGCAUAUCUAUAGGUUGUAAACUAUGCACGGCUUUGUCAAAUAUGCCAUUGCGAAAUACGGAAAUUAUUAAGAAAAAUAUGUUUUGGACACAUUUCCAUACCACACCUGCAAUGUCGCCUUAUCUCGUAACAAUGCUGGUGUCUAAUGAGCUAACCAUUGAUAAAAACAAACCUCGAAAAAUUAAAAUAUGGUGCAGGACCGAAACUGCACUUGACAUAAAAUUUGCAGAAAAUAUAGUUGGCCUUAUUACGUCAAAUUUUGAAAGUUAUUGGAAACAUUCAAACAAUACUUCGCACGUCACUCAUGCUGCAAUUCCAAAUUUCCAUGACAACGGCAUCAUGGUUUUCGGACUUGUUCUUUAUAGAGAAACAGAUAUCAUCUACGAUAAAAAAUUACAUCCUGUUGCUCACGAAAUUCAAGUAAUACAAUUAGUAGGACAUAAAGUGGCACAGCAAUGGUUUUAUGAUAUGAACAAUCCGUUUAAUUCGACUGUUUGGUUUAAUCAAUAUCUUACCACAUUUCUUGCAAUAGAUGCGGUCGAUAAGGUAAUUUUAUAUUCAACGCUAUUUUGCUUCCACUUUCUCGCAAACGAUAACAAACAUAAGCAUUUAUAUUGCAAGAUUUUCGUAUAUUAAAUUUUUUUUA